AUGCAGUCCUUCACUACCAUCCUCGCUCUCGCCAUCGCGGCCACCUCUUCCGCCGCCGUGCUCCCGCGCCAAGCUAACGCCCAGUCCUUCAACGGCGCGCUGGGUGGCAUCGCGGCGACGCCUGUGCUCGACUCGGGCAACGCGGUGCGCCCGUUUAGCGUCAAGGGCGACACGUUUGUGAACCUCAAGGGCGCGCUGCAGAGGAGCUGCGAUCAGCAGUUUAAUGCUUGUGCGAAUGUGGCGAAUGCAGGGAACGCCGCGUUUAGCACGCAGGAGUGCAGUGCGCAAAAGACUCAGUGCGAUGCUGCGAACUAGAGGUGGACUGAAGUGUUUUGGUGGAUUUCAUGAGAUACGACCAUGAUAGAGAGGUUGUGGCUGGUGUAGAUUGGCUCUGCAUGGAUGUUGCGGUCCUACACACGU